AUGCCUGCAUCUCCGGACACAGAGGUGAUAGAAGGUCCUUCGUCGUCUCGUGUCGAUGGAGACGCCAGCAACCUGCCGUCGCGGGACUCCCCGGAGCCGCAUCAAACUGACAUGGAAGGUCAUUAUGUCGGACCGUCCUCAGGCGUCUCAUUUUUGCUCCGGAUUCAGAAAAGGCUCCAUGAGAGCAUCGCAUUUCCAUUGAAUACGCCCAUCUUCAGUUUUGGCGAUGCUCCUCUUCCCGAAUCAGACCCAUCCUUCCUACUGCUGCCCAGCAAGAACGAGGCUAAAGAGUUAGUCAAUAGAUAUUUUGACUUUGCGUUUCCCACCCAUCGGUUCCUCUACCAACCGCAAGUGGAAUGCUGGCUUGACGAACUUUACAAGCGUCUCCUGGAGCCCCACUCUCUUGGGCCUGGAGAACGGACGAUCAGAGCAUUGCUCCUCAUGGUUUUCGCACAAGCAUCACAGUAUAAGCCAGAGUCCGGUAAUAACUUGGAAGACUCACGUAUGAGGUCAGUUGCCAUUCUUCCACUACCUUUGUUCCACUCGGAUCUCUCAUCAUGUAACAGCGCAGUCUACUUUGGCGCAGCAGAACACCACCUAGCAGCCGAGACUGGUCCCAUUCGAGUAACCAGUGUGCAGACACGUCUGGCUCAAUGCUUCUAUCUUCUGUCGCAGUCCCGGAUUAACCACUGCUGGAGCCUCUUCGGCACGACGGCUCGUCUUGCCAUCGCCAUCGGUCUACAUCGAAAACGUCGCCGGGAGCACCCGAAUACAGUCAACCUUAUCGAACAGGAGUGUUCCAAGAGAGUCUUUUGGUGUGCGUAUAGCUUAGACAAUUAUCUAAGUGCUGCUUUGGGUCGUCCUCGCAUCUUCCAUGAUGACGAGAUUGACCAAGAAUUCCCUGAGAUUGCCGAAGAUAGACAGAUCACGCUGACCUCCAUCCUUCCGCCAACCUCGAGUUCUCAGAGCAUCAUGUUGGCCCCUGUCUACCAUGCAAAGCUAUCCCGGAUUAUCAGCGGUGUUUUACAUGAUUUAUACGGUAUUCAGCGGUCCACCCUGGCGGUACAAGCCUCCGCUGCAGCGAGAUACGCAGCUGAAAUGGCACAAUGGCGAAAAGAGCUGUCUGAAUUCGUCGACCUUCCCAAUGUAAACUUAUUGAAGAUCACCUAUCAGCGACAAUACACCGUCUUGAAUCUUGCUUUCUAUCAUGCCCAGAUCUUGCUGUAUCGCCCGUUUCUCUUAAAGGGCUUCACCCUCCUCAGUAAAGGACCUAGCAGGCGAAACGACAAGCUGCAGGGAGCGAUCGACCAGAAUAUUAAGUCUUGCUUGGAAGCGGCCAUGAAGGUUGUUGCCAUUGUCCAUGAUCUGUCCACGAAUGGAAAGAUGUACCGAGCUUUUUGGUUUACCCAUUAUUAUGCGUUCUCCGCCAUUGUUAUCCUCUACGUCCACUACAUCCGUAGUCGAUCUCGCCAAAGCACAACCGAUGCAGACCUUGCGUACUACAUGGCUGGCAAACAGGGCCAAGACGACCUAGCAUCAUGCGGGUCACAAACGUCCUUCUCCCAGCGUUAUGUGAUGGUUUUGGAAGAGCUUCGCAAGGAGGCGCACAAGACCAUCAUCCAGGGAAAUCAGGAGUCAGUCGAUCCGCCACCCACGAAUAGGCCAGAUUCGGGCGCAACUGAGCGUGGAACAUCGAGACCCGAGGAGCUCGGUCAGUUAAGAAAUAUCACUGACUCUCAAGAGAUUGGAGGAUACCCAGCCGUAAGUGGCAGGCUCGACGAUAUUGCCGGCUCCGUGCAAGUAUCAUAUCAUGGGGUGCAGCCUGCGAGCUCAUUUCAAUUCCCGUCAGGACCACAAGAAUCCGACGUGGGGUCUCUCCAAGGCAUCAGCCCAGAGUCUUAUGUCGCGGAUCUGGCUAGCUGGGGUGAAUUUGACUCUCUCGCGGCGACUGGGCUAGGGGACUUUGGGAACCUCUUUCCGUUUGAUGUGCCUCCAGGGCUCGACGGGUAA